AUGGCUCCCGCUCCUAAUUCAGCCCAAAAGAAACAACAAUCUCUUACAUCCUUCUUCACACCAAAGACAGUCAAUGGUUUAGCCGCAGUCUUUGAAAAGCAGAGCCGGGCACAAGCAGCCAAAUCACAAUCACCCAGCAAAGAUGCCAAGUCACCGUCGCGAAAACGAACACUAGAGGACACAGAAAAGGAGAACGAGGAGCCAGAAAAGACAUCAAAGAGAGCUCGCGCCAGUGAUGCUGCCAAGGACGAGGAGACAAGCACUUUCUUCCCCAAAUCAAAACCUGGCGAACAAGAAACUACAGGGGCACGCACAGAACGAUACCGAUAUGACGGUUCAAGCGCAGCGAAUGCCCAGGAUGGCGAUAGGAACGCAGGAUCAACCCAGAAUGAGGAUGAAGAUACAGAAGAGAGACGGGAGCAUCAAGAGUUACACAGGAGAUUUGUCAAAAAACUAGGUCACCCAGAUGCGCUGGCCUCCCGUCGCAAUCUUAGAGAUGCUGCCCCUGCAGGUGAAGAUGAGGAUGCCGAUGUCGAUGUUGACGAGGAGGAGACUCCUGCGCCAGCAAAGACGAAGAAAAAGGGGGCCAAAACAGGCAAACUCACGCCAAUGGAGAUGCAGUUCCUGGAAAUCAAGAGAAAACAUAUGGACACUGUCCUUAUUGUAGAGGUCGGCUACAAGUUUCGGUUCUUUGGAGAAGAUGCCCGUAUUGCGGCCAAGGAAUUGAGCAUCGUCUGUAUCCCAGGAAAGAUGCGUUUUGAUGAGCAUCCUUCAGAGGCCCAUAUGGAUCGCUUCGCCUCAGCAAGUAUUCCGGUCCAUCGCCUUCCUGUACAUGCAAAGCGUCUGGUGGCUGCCGGACACAAGGUUGGUGUCGUGCGCCAGAUCGAGACCGCUGCGCUGAAGAAGGCUGGAGAUAACCGCAAUACACCAUUUGUUCGCCAACUCACCAAUCUUUACACAAAAGGUACAUAUAUCGAUGAAAACGGAGAACUUGACCAAGGCAGCGGCUCCGGCGCACCUUCGGGCGGCUAUCUGCUGUGCAUCACUGAGUCCAAGGCCAAGGGGUGGGGUACUGAUGAGAAAGUCGAUGUGGGCAUUAUUGCUGUUCAACCGGCGACAGGAGACAUCAUCUAUGACCAUUUUGAGGAUGGGUUCAUGCGGAGCGAGAUCGAGACUCGGCUGCUGCACAUCUCUCCUUGUGAGUUUCUACUUGUUGGGGAUCUAACGAAAGGCACCGAUAAGCUUGUGCAACAUCUCUCAGGCAGCAGUACCAAUGUCUUUGGUGACCGGAGUCGAGUCGAACGCGUUCCCAAGGGUAAGACCAUGGCAGCUGAGGCUUACUCACAUGUUACCCAAUUCUACGCCGAUAAACUCAAGGACAAUGCUCAAGACGAGACCGCUGCAACACUUCUCGACAAGGUUUUAAAGCUCCCUGAGCCUGUCACCAUCUGUCUGUCGGCUAUGAUAAACCAUCUCCAAGAGUACGGCCUGGAACACAUCUUCGACCUCACCAAGUACUUCCAGAGCUUCAGCACGAGAUCGCACAUGCUCAUCAACGGUACUACACUCGAAAGUCUUGAGGUGUACCGCAACUCUACAGACCACUCUGAGAAGGGCAGUUUGUUCUGGGCACUCGACAAGACACUGACACGUCCAGGACAUCGUCUGUUGCGAAAAUGGGUGGGACGUCCUUUGCUAGAUCAGCAGCUUCUCGAGGUCCGUCUCAAUGCUGUGGAGGAGCUACUGGAGAAGCAAUCAACACACCCGGUCUCCCAAUUGGAGACACUCUUGGCGAAUACGAAAACCGACCUUGAACGUAGUCUCAUCCGCAUAUACUAUGGAAAAUGCACACGACCCGAACUCCUCUCGGUCCUUCAGGCCCUUCAAAGAGUUGCAGGCUACUAUUCUACCGUCAAGGGUCCCUCUGAUGUCCCCUUUACUUCUCCUCUCCUCCGCGAUGCCAUCUGCGCCCUUCCACAAAUCCUCGAUACUGUCGUCUCAUAUCUCGAGCGCAUCAACCUCGUCGCUGCGCGCAAGGACGACAAAUAUGGUUUCUUCCGCGAUGAGUUUCAGACAGAGGAUAUGCAAGAUCACCAGCUUGGCAUCGCUCACGUUGAGCACGAGUUGGAUGGCCAUCGUGCUGUUGCUGCAGAAAAGAUUAAGAAGAAGACUGUCGACUUUGUCACUGUUGCUGGUAUCGAAUACCUCAUCGAAGUGCCAAACACUGAUAUUAAACAUGUUCCUGCUUCGUGGGCCAAGAUCUCGGGAACAAAGAAGGUCUCACGUUUCCACACACCUGAAGUCCUCCGCUUUAUCACUGAGCGCGAUCAACACCGCGAAGCCCUAGCCGCGGCUUGCGACAAAGCUUUCAAGGAUCUUCUUGCCUCUAUCGCCGCAGACUACCAACCUUUGCGUGAUGCUGUCUCCGCCCUCGCAACCCUUGACUGCAUUCUCUCACUCUCCAAAGUUGCCGCCCAACCAGGCUACUCCCGUCCAGCCUUCCUCCCCUCCACAGCUGACCCAACUAUCUCCAUCACCAAUGGUCGUCAUGCUAUCGCCGAGCAUACCCUUGAAGGCGCUUACAUCCCAUUCUCCACCACCCUCGCCAAUCCUUCACCUCUUGCUCACCUCAUCACUGGUCCUAAUAUGGGCGGCAAAUCCUCUUUUGUCCGCGCCCUAGCUCUUAUUGUGCUUCUUUCUCAAGUUGGCUCAUAUGUACCAGCUGACUCUUUAUCCCUAACCCUAUGUGAUGCCAUCCACACACGAACUGGAGCUCGCGAUAAUCUAUUCGCCGGUGAAUCUACCUUCAUGGUCGAGGUCUCCGAAACAGCUCGUAUCUUACGCUCCGCCGGCCCUCGAAGUCUCGUCAUCCUCGACGAACUAGGCCGCGGUACCAGUACCCACGAUGGUGCCGCCAUCGCUCAAGCGGUCUUGCAGCACGUUGUUACGGAGACCCGCUGCUUGACGCUCUUCAUUACACACUAUCAAAACCUGGCGCGGGUCGCUGAGGGUCUAGAGGGUGUCAAGAACGUUCAUAUGAAGUUCAAGGCAGAGAAGGGUGAGGAUGGCGAGGACGAGGUCACCUUCUUGUACGAAGUUGGUGAGGGUGUCGCUCAUCGCUCCUAUGGUUUAAACGUUGCGAGACUCGCACGUAUUCCCAAAAAGGUCAUCGAUGUUGCUUCUCUCAAGUCCAGUCAAAUGGAGCAAGAGAUGAAAAUGCGACGUUUGAAAGGUGUCUGUCGUGCCUUGUCGGAUGUAAUGGAUAGUGGGCCGGAUCAUAUUGACCAGCUUGUGUCAAGUAUUGAGCAACUGUAG